AUGACACGGAAUCAAGGGAUCAAGCGACAGUCUAUGUCUGUGGAGGUAGACGAAGAUAGCCGACGCCAAAGGAGGAAAUUUGUUGCGUGCCAACGAUGCCAUGCUCACAAGAUCAAGUGUUCUGGCGACCAGCCGUGUACUAAAUGCAAAGCUGUAGGCUGUGCUUCUGAAUGCGCAUAUGCCGCUCGUGAUCGCCAAGUGAAACUACUAGCGGAAAACCGGCGGCUCAAAGAGCAGUCGGUGGCCUCGGCGGACGUGACCGAGGCUCAAUUGAAUCGGCCGAAUGCGGAUGCACCGGACGCUACAAGCAUCCAGAAUCCAAUUAUUGGUGACCGCGCAUGGUUUCAUCGACAUGAUCCGUCUUCCCCGCCCCUGUAUAUUGGCGAAGCAGCUUGUUCGGCUUUUGCAACAAGGUUUCGCCGGUUCCUCACAGGAGACAAUGCAUUGGCACACAUUGCACGUACACAAUGGGAGCGCGAAGAGACGCUUGCUGCCGUUAUGAACGCAACCAAUGUCGAGUGGCCCAGUCUGCACCAUGCUCGGCUUCUGGUCAAGAUUGCGAUACAUCAAAUCGGGUAUCUAUACCAUUUGAUGAUGCGCAAGGCCACCCUCGAUAAACUUGAAGAGGUUUAUCAGAAUGCAGACUUUGAGUCUACAACCAACAAGUGCCGGUUCUUCGCCCUCUUCGCCUUUGGUCAGGCGUAUUCCAUCCGCUCCGAGUCGACAUCUGUAUCGCGCGUUCCAGGAACAGCGUAUUUUGCAAAGGCAAUGAGUCUGAUACAAAUUGCCCCGGAGAGAGCCAGUAUCACUCAUAUCGAAACGCUGCUCUUACUUUCCCUGUUUUCUUACUACCUGAACCGUCGGCUAUCUGCCUAUAUCCUUAUCAGUAAUGCCAUGAGAAUGGGCUUGACUAUCGGGCUGAACCAUAAUAUCCCAGAGUCUCAACUCAUUGAUCCCGUAAAGCGCCAGCAUCGCAUUCAGAUAUGGUGGACCAUCUACAUCUUCGAUCGGAUGUGGGGUUCCAAGAUGGGCCUGCCCAUGCAGAUUUCUGACGAAGACAUCCACGUCGAUUUGCCAAGUACAAUAUCACCAACCUGGCGACACGAAGAAGAGCUAUCCGACGCAGACUACAUGACAGCCAACGUCAAGCUAGCCGGAAUCGUUGGGGAAACCAUCACGAAACUCUACAGCCGACGGAAGUACCAAGAGACCUUCCUCCAGCGCGUCCAGAAACUCCUCAAAGCGCUGAAGAAUUGGCUCGAAACCCUGCCCGAGAGCCUCAAGCUCAAUAUGGAAGACCUAGAAUCCAGCAAAAAGCCCGUCGUCUCCCUUCACAUGGCCUUCAACCAAUGUGUAAUCCUAACCACCCGCCCGACCCUCCUCCACCUCCUCAUCACCCUCCGCAAAAAUGAAUCCCACCCCCCAGCCUCAGGCCGCGACGCCAUCUCCCAGCCCGUCCUCACCCUCAGCGAAGCCUGCAUCCAUGCCGCACGCCACUCACACUCCAUGAUCCUCACCCGCUGGAUCAACGGCACCAUGCCGACCUUCGGCUACUUCCACGCCCACUACCUCUUCUCCUCAGCCCUCAUCCUCGCCAUGUCCAGCUUCGUCCCCAUCGGUAACCCAAGCGACAUGAGCGGCUUUGACUCCGCCCUCGACCUCCUCCGCUCGAUGACCGAAAACGGCAACCUCGCGGCGGCAGAGUUCUACCAUGCCCUCGAGCAGGUCAACGCCUGUCUACGCCCGUACCGCGGAUCAGCAAGCCUGCGCCCGCGGCGCGCCCCGACCCGGCUACCGAGCCUGCACCCUCAGGCACGAUUGCAGCUCAGGGCUACGCCGGGUCUGGGGCUUUCGUCUACGCUUGCCUCAUCGUCUGCGGCGCUCCCGAACCUUCUUGCCGGCGGGCCCGGGCCAAUGCUGGCGGGGAAUGAUUUGCUGGGCGGGCAGCCUGCUGGGACGGAUUAUGCGUGGCCAGUCAGGGAUACGGUGAAUGGGUAUACGACGGAGAUGGCGUUUCUGGAGCCUACGAUGCAGGAUUUUCUGGCGCAGUCGGAUAUCGAUUUGGGGCUGUUGCAUCCGGUCGAUACGUUUUUGAAUGAAACGGAGCAUUUAUAUACGUUUAAUGAGCUUUAG